UCAACAAUCAGACUGCAGGAAGUAAACAAAUUUCAGCUUGGAGGAGCUUUUAUGAAACCUAACGUGUUUGUGUUAGCACCACACAAGUGCUGUCGAACGCAAAGUUUGUAAUUGCAUUUUGAUUUUGUAGGAACCGUAAACAGAGCAUUUACCCCAAAAUGAGUGCAAAUCAUGGUGGUGAGGGUGGACGUCAGACCGGUGAUGAUGAGGGGUUUGCUGAUGAUGAAAGUGUGGAAGAAGAAGCCAUGGAGGUGGUACCUUCUGUUGCUGACAAUGAAGUUGAUGAGGUUUUGAAUGGUCCGAAGGCCACAGUCUAUUAUGCUGUACAAGUUCCUCCCAACACCGACUUGGCUUCCCAGCAGGGUAAAGACUACACCCGUGACGAGGUCGAGGAACUCAUGCAGUCAGAGGCCUACCAGAGGAAGAUCUCAACCUGCCACCUGUGUGGCAAAGUCUGGUUUGACAAUGUGUUCACAGCGAACUGUAAAGAGUGUGGGAACUUUGCCAUGACCCGACCUUGCCCUAUGUGCAAAGGUCAAUGUGGGAGAGUGUGGAACAGGAACCUUAAAAUGUCACAUGCGUACCACAAGGAUUACUGGAAAGGGGACUGUGGCACCCAGUUUGAGGCAUCAGCUUCAGCAUUCAGCAUUCCAUCUCUGAGUGACUCCACAGAAGACACCACAACUCUGACUGAGGGCUUACAGGACCUGUCCACCAGCUAGUUAAGUCACAGACACCAGAAUAGAAGACGCUCACAUUCUCGUGGACUCCAUACAGAGCAUGUGGAAAGAUAUGUGUAUGAAAGAGAUGUUUACCUCUACAUUAUGAUAUUGUACACAAUGUUCUAACACUGCUGAAUUUUGAACUGUUCCUUGAUGAUGAUACCCUUGACAACUGGUUGAGGUAGCUCCAGACUUCACACAGUCUCCACAGCCAGAAUCCGGAAUUACACUGGAUUGUACAGAAUGAAUUAAGACCAUGUUUUCUGUAUGUCUAUGGUCAAAAGAACUGGGAUUUGCUUUGCCAACUUCUGAUAAAUGACUUGUGUGUUAUCAAGAUCAAGAUUUGAAGACUUUGGACCCUAACUGGUUCACAUGUUCAUUUGUUUAGGUUUUUGUGCCAGAUUUUGGUAAGAAUUUUCACAACCUUUAUGAUCAAACAUAAGGUUUUCAAGGACCACUGUGUAAGGUUUUCAGUGUCCUGUUGCCGGAGAUAAAAAGGAGAGUAACCUGACUGAGCAUUGGACAUGUUAUGAACAUGAUGGAGACAACUGUCUUCUCACACUGGUGUGCUCUCAAGGUUUGUACAUGAACAAGACUGAUGUGAAUAUAUUUUGUUCUCAAUAACAUCUCAGCUCCUCUGAUAUUCAAGGGUCGUCAUGCGUGGCAUGAAACUGUGGCUUGUGUAUGACCAAGUGGAACUAUUCCAAGUACUGUACCAAAUAGUGUCUGUCCUGACAUACUUGAAGACUUUGUCUAUCGUCUGCUUCACAGUGGCCUGUGUCUGCUCAUGCCCUCCCAUCAAGUUAUACCACAGUGAUUGAAUUGUUUUUGGAACAUUCCAUUUUUCAUACCAACGAAAAUGUAUACACCUUCUCUGUCAGCUUUUCAGUCAAUUCUUCAAUGAUCCUAAUGACUUUAAAACUUCCUAACUUAAUCAGUGAGAUUACCACAUGACAACAAACAAAGAACUAUUGUUCUUGAGAUUGAUGCACGUUGCCAGUAUUACAGCUAUAUAACUUGUUAAACUUGACCUUGACAAGGGCCAAGACUUGUAAAUCAGACACCAGUCAGUCCCAUCACUCAAUCCCAAAUUGUAGGGACCAACCAUUUAGUCCUCUUGCAAUAUUUUGCAGAUCAUUACACCAAGACAUUUUUUGUAAUGAAAGGAAGAGUGUAGCAGGUACCUUUUACCAUCAACACAGAAAACAAGUUAUUUCUUACAAUAAAAUCUCUUUCCCAACCCCCCAUCCAAAACUAAUCCCCCCACCCCCAAAUGAAAUCGAAUAUUGAAAUA